CAGAGAGUCUUUUAUGGACAGGUUUACCUGUAUCAUGAAUGUGAACGGCAGGUCAUGCGUGAAGCAACAUGUGGACGGCGUUUACAAAGUGCCUGUCCACAGGUUAACAGACCGGUUAGUGGUUUGACGUGUGGAAUACUAGUCCCAUCCAUGGAAAACGUAAACACAGGCGUGUUGUACGUACUCCAAGAUACAUAGUGUGAUGUCUAGACGAAAGCUAGAUGGAACCACCGGCAAGUCCAGUUCCCAAUUUCUGUUCUUGUUCCAGUUUUCAAAAAACGUUUGACAGUAUUUAUUCUUGGCUGCCAUUCGGCGGGGAAAGUACAUCCGUCAAAACAGAGGAAGUUAAUUACAAGAAAUUUGUCUUAUCAGAAGCCAUCAAUACGUAUCCAUUUUCGUCGACAUAUAUUUACUGUCGGUUUUCGAAUCGCGAAACGGAUACAAGAAUGAAAGACUCGUCAAAAAGAAUGGCUCAGUCGGAGAUAAAAACCGAAGAUGACCCUUUAAGGAAUGGUUUACCGUCUGUAAGAAGUCUGUUGACAUUAGGAAUAUGUGUUAUAUACACCACAGUGCUCUUUAUAGCGGCAGCAGCUGGGUCAAGGCUACUUUCAUCGCUUAAAACAAUAGUAAAAUACAGCUUACGGUUCAUACUUUCAACAAGAUUAAAAUCCACAAGACAGAUUAAAGAAUUUGCUCCAAGACAUUCUGGAACUUAAGCCAUGAUGUUUCAUGAAUGGAGUAUAAGAUUAAGAAUCUUAGUAUUAAAACGAAGACUCGAAGUUUCACAAUCUGACCUCCUACACGAACCUGUGGAGCUUUAGAAUCUAAACCUUUAAACGAACACUUGCACAAGUUUUCAAAACGAACCUUUAUAUGCACAGGGAAUUUCAGAACUUGAGCCUUUACACGAACAUAUGACAUUCCAAACUGGAGCAGUUACACAAAUGUGAACUAUUGAAAAUGACAAUUGCACAGACAUUUACGUUUUUACUUAAAACUUGCGUUUGUUUAUUUUUUGGUACAAUUCGAGUUUGUACGUGAACCUACGGUGACAAUACAUUAUAGUGCAAUACUUAAUAUAUCUUUAGAACUGUUAAAAACAAAGAAUGAACAAAUGAGUUUUUUAACUGACAAUUUUAAGUUCUGGGACAUUCGCUAAGUUGCAUUUGUUUGUUUUGUUUUAAUACAACUUGAGUUUGUACGUGAACCUACGGUGACAAUGAAUUAUAGUGCAAUACUUAACAUAUCCUUAGAACUUCUAAAGAAGGGAAGGGGGUGAAAAACGAGUGCUUUAACUGACAAAUUUAAGUUCUGAGACAUUCGCUAACUGAAUUUUUUAAGAUAAUGAAAUUUUAAUACCAUAACAUUUUUCUUAUUUGAGACA